AGGAAGCUGUGCGCUCGCCUACCACGGACUACACGACUCUGUUCCUCUGCCUGGGCGAACUUGGGCAGCAAGACUGAAUUAUUCUGCUCCGUUUCUUACUUGUCCUUGCUCAAGCUGAGUCGCUCGUGGGGGCACCGAAUGCGGUACACGAGCGCGAGUGUUACCCCAUGACCCAUCCAAACUAUCGAAUGGAGCCCAGCCACGUUCCACAUAUGCGCGCCACAGUCUUGUAAAGUAACCAAUACAACAAACAUCUGGAUUCUAGCCAAGGAACGUCAUCCAUCCGUUGAAAAAUCAAAGCAUCUUUUACUAUGGCCAUUUCCAUCACAUCCGCAGAACCCAAGGACGCACCUCACAUCGCCGCCCUCCAUGUCCAAGCCUUCAGUUCAAACGUCCUCAUGCGAGCCAUUUAUCCCACCCCUGCUAUUUGGGCAGCAUUCCAAGGCAGUGUAGAAGAAAAGUUCACGGCUGACAUGCAUGAUCCUAACAUGACGGUCCUCGUCGCCCGAUAUACUGAUGAGGCUGGAACGGGAGAACAAGGUAAAAUUGUAGGCUACGCGGUAUGGUGUCAUCCUGUGAGGACCGAAGGGACAGCUUGGAAACCGCCGGCUUGGAAGCUGCCAGCGGGCACGGAUUGGAGUGUCUUGAGGCCCUGGUUGGCAGCUGCUGGAAAGGUUUCGCGUGAGGUUAUUGGAGAAAGGCCGCAUUAUGAUCUCACGUGGCUCGCUGUGUCGUCUGAUUAUGCUCGCCAGGGCAUAGGUUCAAUGCUGUUGCGCUGGGGUCUUGACUUGUGCGACAAAGAGGGUGUGCCGGCAUGCUUGGAUAGUACUGUUGACGCAGCCGAGACCUUCUAUAAGAAAGCUGGGUUCACAGAAGGGGGCAGGAUCAGAUUGCCUGUCAACGCAGAGAUGUACGAAGAAGUCGCUUGUGUGUAUGAACCCAGACGAUAGAAGCUGCCACAAUAGAAUAGCGCUGGACUGCCUCGAAACUUGACAGUCCUACUCGCCCAUGCCAAUACCAUCUCCAAAUCUCCGAGUGUCUCGCCAUAGCUCUGGACUCUUUUGGGCUUCUAUGAGAAUCUUUUUCUCGCAAGCAUAGCCAGAAUUGUUUCGGUCAAUCUCUUCGUCAUUACCAAGCCAGGAUCAUGAUCUGGAUUGACCUCUGCAACUGUUAACCCAAUAACAUUCUCGCUAGCCAGGAGUACAUCCAAGGCUAACAUCAUGUUCGUAAACGUCACUCCUGUGAAGUUGGGGACAUUUG